AUGGAAACUGAUAGCCAGAGCAUAUGCCAGGAAAACAAAGAUGUAGCCAGCGAUACUGCAGCUGACGAGGAAGCAGAAGUUGGAGUAUCCCAUCUGCCACCUGUUCUACACAUCCUGGAUCUGCCAGAUUCGGUUAUAUUCCAGAUUCUUGUGUACCUGCCAUUUUCGUCAAUUGGUGCAACUGCUCAAGUGUGCAGUCGGUUCAGUCGAAUAUCAUCAGAUGAACUUUUGUGGCGCCAUGUUUUUCUUCAGCAUUAUAAAUUGGCAGCAAACAGCGUCAUGCCAGCCAAGGCCAAAUCUUGGAGACAGGAAUUCAAGAGGUUGUACUACCACACGCCAGCGGUUCUCAGUGAGGAGAGAAAAGAACAUAAGGAUGAAGUUUUGCAUGUCAGUUUUUCCCACGAUGGCACCAUGUUUGCUACCUGCUCUAAAGAUGGAUUCUUUAAGGUUUGGGAAUGCACCCACCCUGUGCGGCUGCUAUUCAAGAUGGACAUGAAAUCAACUUUCAGCUGGAAAUUUACUCAGUUUUCUCAGUUCAAUGAGACUGACACCUGCCUUCUGGUGUCUGGAGUGUACUUCGGCCGUCUCAGCACAUCAGGAGAAAUUGCUGUGUUUAAUCUGCAAGAUGACUUUCGGAUGCAGUGCAGAGUAACCAACAAACCAUACGAUGUUUUCGGUGCUUGGUAUGACAAUGAUCAUCUAUUAUCGGGCACUUUGUACUGGACUGGAGAUUUCAAUUCGGUUUCUGCUGUCUGGUUGAGUAAGGCCUCCCAAGAAGUUGAGUCUGAGGUGGAGUCUGUCAGUAUGGUUUUAUAUCGUUUUGAAAAUGUCAACUCCAGCUCAAUCCGGUUGCUGCAUGUCGCAGAGCCACAUCUGCCCAGAACACCAGAAACUGCUGACUUUGAUAUGGAGUUGGAUGUAACCCAUGCCAGUUUGUCAUUUGCUCAGGCUGAAAAUGAAAUCUUUCCAAAUGCCAGAUACUAUGAACAUAGAACUGAGCUGACAGCUAUAGAAAAACAUGAUCUAGCUUUUGCAGACCUGUCUUGCACAAAAAUUGUAGAUAGCUGUACAUCUCUUUUAAGCUCACCAACUCUUCCAAGUGCAGCAGAGUGUGUUUUUGGCAACACAUCUUCCGUGAACCAUCAUUCAGUUCCGAUCUCCGCAUCUUCCACAGACAUUCCUUCAGCAUGGUCCAGGAAUGCCACUGAAAAUUAUGCCAAAAGUUCAUCUCAGGAGUUUGAAUCAGUAAACCACAGUUGUGAUUCUUUGUUAUCACCCAGCACGUCACAGUGUCCUUCAUUUGACAAAGUCAGCAAAAGGACAGGUUUUUGUCAGCAGACAGCUACCACAGAUAAAAAAUGCAGCAUGGGUAAUCUAAGAAGCUGUGGAGUUUCAACUGACUCAGAUAUUGACUUCAUGCCUGAACAUUUGAUGGAAAUAAUUAUGGACGAUGGUUCCGUGAGAGAUGAUUUGCCACCUUGUAUUAUCAGGGCUAUGCCAAGUAUUUCCAGUGCUGCGUUUGAUGCCUCGGCAGUUGGUUCUUCUGCUGAUGUACAGAAGGAUGCAGGUGGCACUUCUAGUGAAUGCUUCAGGCAUAGUCUACAUAUACCACUUCCCGGAGAAAGUAUAUACCAGGGAACUGAUUUUGAAGAAGAUUUAGAUAAUAAAAAUGAAGAUUCAGGUGUUGCAUCUGCCUUAGAAGAUACCCUUGGUGCUAAAGAUGCUUUUCGGCAGUUUGGCGACGUGUCUCCCCCAAAUGUGCCUUCUUUGUUCGACAACAACAACCUUGUCAUGCUUAUCCCAGGCGCUAGCCAUGUCUAUGGAAGCCGUCAUAGUGAUGAUGCAAACAGUAACAACAGCGCCAGUUGUUUUAGAUCUAGCAUAAGCUUAGAGCCAAGCUCCACUUUCGAACGGGGCACCUCCAGUAUGGAUGCCCUGCUUAAAGAACCUGGCCAGAACCAUAAAAGCAGCAUAGCCACGCAGACAGAGGUUGCCGGUAGCCGAGCCAGCUCGUUUCAUUCGCUGUCACACAUUAGCCAGAGUUCCAGCCUGUCUCGAGAUCUGCGGCUCAACCCGCCAAGGGAGAAGCUCUUGAUUUACACAUGGGGCUCGGAGACUUACAUCCCACAUAAAGUUGGCAUCAAGAGAAUGAAGUGGACAGAUUUUACAAAGGGGGAGGUAACUGCCAGACGUUCCUCCAUGCUUCUGCCAGACGUGAUGGAGAACCUACACAACAUGGCCGGAAACCGCAGAGACAAGCCAGAUGUGACUAUAGAGAUGCAUGGCCAUAUUGUGGGUCUUAGCUUGUCCCCAGACCACAAAUAUCUGUAUGUCAACUGCCGUCCAUGGCCGAAAAAUUACAUCAUUUCUGAUCCUCAAGAGUCACCUCCCUUGGCACAGGAAGUUGAAAUCUCCACCAUUGAUUUGACAACCUUCAAUUUUGUAGGUCCGGUGCUGAGGUCACAUAAAGCUUACACACACAGCGAUGAAUGUUUCUUUCUCAAUCUGGACGUCUCUGAUGAUUAUGUUGCCAGUGGUGCUGAAGACCGUCAAGGGUAUCUUUGGGAUCGACACUACGGCAUCCCUCUGUAUCGAUUCCCACAUCGCAACGUCGUCAACUGUGUCGCUGUCAACCCUCAAGACUCGGAGAUUCUGGUUACUGUCAGCGACGACUAUACAUUCAAGGUUUGGAUGUCUCGAUGCAGAGCUGCAGAACUGACUGGCUCCAAAGAAGCUGAAACAGGAACAAGCGUGUGA